GUUUAUACUAGCUCGUAAAAACGAUAUUGGAUAUUGGAACAUAGAGAGCCACCGCCAUUUAUGCCUUUCAGCGUUACACCUGCAAGACUUACGAUUUCAACUGUGCAAGUCUAGCAUUGGAUUUUUCACUGUCUUUCGGUUGGGCUUUAAUAAAUCAUAACUUACACGUGUAGGUAGUCAAUGUUCUUUUUUUGUAUAUGCCUCAUGAGGGUGACUGAAUUUUGGCUUUAUUUACAUACUUUAAGAACUGGUCUUGAACUGCUUGUAAGUUACAGUAGCAGGUUACCAUACUUAUGUGAUAUUAUUAAUAGCAAGUUUUGGUGUGAGGCUGUAGUAACUAGAAUAGCGUUAAUUUCUCCCCCUUUUUCAAUGUAUUUAUGUUACUGUGUUCACAUCCCUUAAUACAAAGUUUCCUUUGUUAAAAUACAGACUUCGUAUAAUAUAAUUAUUUAAAGGUGCUCCAUACUUCAUAUGUGGCUUCAUAUGACUUUAUGUGAUUGACGUGCUCAAUAAGGCAUAAACAAAAAAAGCAAUAUUCGGCGUAUUUGGUAAAUUUUGUGAACACAAAGAAUUUGUAGAUGAGUUUAUAAGUCUUAUGGCAAUUCUCUACCAUAUCUUCUACCUCAAGUUUUUGGUCAGUCCAUAAAUUAAUGGAAUUCCGUAAGAGAAGGCAUCGGAUAGUUUCAGUUAUUGUUGAUUGUGUUAGCAUAAGCGUAUUUUAUUUCCGUGAUUGUCGACCUGUUGUUUAUUCACCUUUUUUCAUUUUCUCGUUUUCUUUUUCUAGUGGUCUACUUUACUUUUUCAGUAGUUAAUCUUCGUUUGAUAUAAAUGUCAAGAGGAUUAUUCAUUUGUCGACUGUUACAUCAUUGAUAUAUUGAAGAGUUAUAAGAAAAUAACUUUGACAUUUGUGUCCAUCAACAACUUAUUUCUGAAAAAUGGAGAUUGUUCAGCGUCACUCUGUGCAUACACUUGUUUUUCGCUCUCUCAAGCGAACUCAUGAUAUGUUUGAAGCUGAUCAGAGUCGCCUCCCAGAAGUUGACAAAAAAAGUAAUUCCCUAAAAGUUGCUAUAAAAGCUAAAGACCAGUAUGGUCCAGUUCUAAAAGAACCCAACCAGAAUCCACUAAAACCUAAAGAAGCAUCUUCAGACACAUCACAAUCUGGAGCUAUUGUUCCAUCUGACAAAGCAAAGCCUAAGUCAGCAUUGGAACAAAACUCUUCCGUAGUUCAAAUCGGCAAUGAAAAGCUACUUCUCCCGAAAAAAGCUCCUACAAUGCCCAAACCAACAUGGCAUCCACCCUGGAAACUGUGUCGCGUUGUUAGUGGUCAUACAGGAUGGGUUCGUUGCGUUGCUUUCGAUCCAACCAACGAUUUCUUUGUUACAGGCGCGGCGGACCGGAUGAUUAAGGUUUGGGAUUUCGCCAGUGGAACACUAAAACUUACACUUACUGGUCAUAUAAGUACAGUUAGAGGGGUUGUUGUUAGUGCUCGUCACCCCUACUUGUUCUCUUGUGGGGAAGACAAAACUGUUCGCUGUUGGGAUUUAGAACAAAAUAAGGUGAUUAGACAUUACCAUGGACAUAUGUCUGCUGUUUACGAUAUUGAUCUUCACCCAACAAUUGAUGUGCUUCUUACAUGUGGUCGAGAUGCAACUGCACGAGUAUGGGACAUGAGAACCAAAGUUAAUGUUCAUACUUUAACAGGACAUUCAAACACAGUAGCAACUGUACGUUGCCAGGAAUCUGAUCCUCAAGUUAUCACUGGUUCUCAUGAUUCCACCGUUCGCUUGUGGGAUUUGGCAGCAGGACGUACUCUAGCUUGCCUUACAAACCACAAGAAAUCGGUUCGUGCUGUGUGUAUUCAUCCAACCCAGAAUGCAUUUGUCUCCGGUUCUCCUGAUAAUAUAAAGCAAUGGAAACUCCCUAAUGGUGUUUUCCUACAAAACCUCUCUGGACAUAAUGCUAUCAUAAACACUGUUGCCAUUAACCAAGAUAAUGUGGUCGUCAGUGGAGGUGAUAAUGGCAGCGUUCACUUUUGGGACUGGAAAUCAGGUUACAACUUCCAGCGCCUUCAAGCCCAAGUUCAGCCCGGUAGUAUUGACUCUGAAGCCGGAAUAUUUGCCCUAGCUUUUGAUCGCAGUGGAUCUCGUUUAGUCUCAUGUGAAGCGGAUAAAACGAUUAAAAUUUUCAAAGAAGACGAAACAGCGACGGAAGAAACACAUCCGCUCUACUGGCGUCCUGGACUACUAAAGAAGGCCAAAUAUUGAUCCAUGUGUAUACUACAGUUGUGUAUAAUAUGAGCUCAAAGCCUUGUUUUCAUGUAAAAUAAAGUCUGCUUAAGCAUUUUUCUGACA